AUGGCGUCCCCGCAGAGGUUAGAGGAAGGUUUUCCAGGUCAGGCAGGGCACAUCUUGUUUGGAGGUUGUCAAGGGCAGCAGCAGCAGAGCGUAGUUACUCCACAAGCGGCACACACAGCAUCAGUGCACGCGUGCGGAAGCCCAACUGUGCAGCAGCAAAAUGCUACGGAAGUGAGUCAGUUAAGGAACAUGGUUUUUGCCUUGCAGCAAGGGAUGAAUCAGCUUUUCAGUUUGCUUCGAAGUGCUGGACCGGUGGCAGCAGCGCCUGUGAGUGGUGCGAUGCUGGGACCUCAGUUUGGAGGGCAGAAUCCAGUGAGUCAGCAGUUUCUGAAUGGACAAGAGAGUCAACAGUUUCAGAAUGGACAGGGAAAUCAGCAGUUUCAAAGUGGGCAGCUGGGCCCUGGUUUGUUAAAUGCCCCGUUUGGGCAGCAGUAUCCGGAGCCGUUUGGCCGACAGUACGGUGAGGAGGCAGAACGUUCUCCGACUGCCCCGUUUGGGCGAAGUUUGGAGCAGGGACAUUCUAGCAAUGGCUUGGACGUCUUGAGCAAGACAGAGAAGUGGUUGCCAGGACUUCCAAAGCCUGGCCAUGAAGGUUGGAAAGAUCGUGAGUCAGAGAUUGUUGGAUUUCAUGAUUAUCUGGUGGAGCUGCGGAGUUGGGCUUCAUUGGUUUCUCCAAAGUUUGCUGCAGAGAUCUCCGAAGCAACUGUGACACCUCAGGAAAUAGUGCUCAGUUCGCUGUCGCGAGACCAACAGAGCAGGGCUGGACGUUUGCUUUCAAUACUACGGGCAGCAUUCAGUGGACAUGGUCGUGCUGAGAAUAUCAUCAGAGCCUUCUGUGAGGGCGUUUCGUUUGGUGCUGGAUUGAGCAGCGUUGGUUUCAAUGACAACGGGUUUGAGUUGUUACGAGUCUUGACAAGAGAGUUUACUUUGCAGAGCCGAGCUGAGGCAUUGGCCUUGAGGGCUGAACUGCUACAGAGACAAUUCAUGCCUGCAAAGGGCGAGACUUCACAAGGGACAAUCGUUGCUGACACAAUCAGGCGCUUGGAGACUUCGUUGGCAAAGUACAACAAGCUGGUAUCUACACUGCCGAACAUCGUUGAUCGUUCAGGUGUUGAAGUCAGCGAAGCUGAUCGUUUGGUGCUAUUGCUUCGUUCUUUGCCAUCAGCAUGUGCUGAGUUUGUUCUUCUUCACAGCGCCCAGGAGAACUAUGUGAUGGCAAGAGAGACAGCUUGCCGAUACGAGACCCAGAGAAGGUUGUAUCUUGACUGGAAUUCGUUUGGAAAGCCAGGUAAAUUGAUUCACAGUGUUGCCCAGGCUGAAGUGUAUGACAUGGCAGCGGGUGACAGUGAAGGGCAAGAACAAGGUGAAAACAUGGUGGAUUCCGUGACUGGUCGUUGCUCCAAGUGUGGGAGCAAGCGCCAUGUGGUGCAGCCAAUUCGACGCAGAAGGGCGGUGGCCAGUCUGCAAACCCUGGAAAAGGUCAACAAGGCUCCAAAGGAGCAGGUGGUUCGAAAGGAAAAGGUAGCUCAGGAGAGCACUGCUGAUCAGGAGGAUUGGUGGUAUCAGGACGGUGAUGGUUACUGGUGGACAUCCACCAGUGAAUGGUCCGAGAUUGCCGCAGUAGGUGGCGAACCAGAAAAAGAGAGUUCACCUGCCGAACAAGGGGGAUAUUGGUUGUUAGACUCUGGAGCCGCCGCCACAGUGGUGUCUCAUGAGACUUAUGAACGUUUUCGGGACCACAAGGUCUUGGUGUUUCAUGAGCGAUCAACAGGUUGCAUAGGACAUGAGUUUGUAGGAGCUGCUGAACGUUCCGUCCGCACUUGCAAAGAGGGAAUCUCAGUGAUCAGGGUUCUUGCCGAGAUCCCUGACAGUAUCAAGGAGAGAUAUCCGAUGGCUUCGAGGUUCGUUGAUGCGAUCUACAUUGCUCCUGUUUGGAACUCAGUUGGUUGUGAAGUCAUUGGAGAAUUGUCAUCCAAUGGAGAGAUUCGGUUUGUGCGAUUCCAUGCAAAGAGUAUCAAAAAUACCAUUCCUCUCACUUGGUCAACGAAAUUCUAUCAAGACUUGCAUCAACUUGUUGUCAGAGAACAUGAGCAUGGGAACGUAUCUGAACCACCACCGCAAGUGUUGCCAGCUGCGAAUCCAUCUUUGAAAUGCCCCAAGUCAGGGCCACCUGUGGAAUGGGUCAGGGGAGAAGGUGGGUUUACAGACGACUGCAUCGCUUGCCGGGGCCUCAAGAAGCAUGGGACCAGAAAAGGACUUGUGCACUCUCGUGCAUGUUGCAGAAGGUAUGAAACCUUUUUGAAAGACCAGGCUUCAGGUGUAGGAGGUGAUUCUGUUCCAUCACCCAUUGAGCCGGCUGAACCUUUUCCGCCUGAUUUCUUUAGUGAGCCAGCUCAACCACCCGUGAAAGAUGGAGUCACACCUCAGCCUGGACCUUCAGUGCAUUCUGACGAUGAUGUCAAGUCAUUGUCUUAUGAGCCAUCAAUUGCUGAAGAGAAUGUGGAACCAGACCCAGACUUGGAUGACCAAGUUCGUCAUGACAAACGUUUGAGUUUAGAAGACUAUGGAGAUGUUUCUGAAAGGCCUGUAAAACGGAGGAUGUAUGGAAAAAGCUCAGAUCCUGAAGGAGCUUUCCCACCGCCUUCCAAAGGAACUCCUCGUGGUCCUGGCCUUAAGAGACCGUCUGAGAUGAACUUGAAAGAGCUUGAGGAUGAAUUGAAGAAAGAUGACAUAGAUGCCAUCCAUUCUGAAUCACAACAUUGGGUCUCUCCCUUCAUGAACCUUGCCACCGUUGUGUCACAGCCACCAAGCAUGUCACACAUGUUGGAAACUGAACCAGUAGCCAGCGUUCGUUUUGACUCGCAAGGGUCAAUACCUGAGUCGUUUGUGGUCAACAUGGGUGGGAUGCCAAUCAAAAUUUGGUGUCCUACCGAUGCGAUAGAUGACACGACUGGAGAGAUUCUGGAUGGAAAGAAGUGUCAUUUGGGAAUGAAGAAGGAGAUUGAAGGCUUAGAGGAAUGCCAGGCAGGUGAUUGCUACACAGUUUCAGAAUUUGAGAAGUUGAAAGAAAGAACGGACCACCCAAUCAGGCUCAUCAGCACGCGUUGGGUAACCAACGCAAAGGGAGACGAAGUUCGCUCCCGCAUGGUAGUGAAAGAUGUGAAGAACAAGGACUCAGCUAGGUCUUUGGGAAUCUCAUCUCCUACUUUGGGGGCAGAUGCUUUUCAGUUGUUUCUCACCAUUUGUUCAGCUUGGAAUUUCAUGGUUUACACUUUGGACAUUAGUCAUGCUUUCAUGUACACACCUCUCCGAUGCCGCAAUGUCGCUGUUAAACUGCCUAUGUCAUGUUCCACAGAAGCUGGGGAACCUGUCAUCCUGCAUUGUGCCAAUGCGUUGAAUGGACUUCGAUCAGCAAGUUUGGAGUGGCUUUUGUUUUUACAGCAACAAUUGAGUGGGAUUGGUUUGCACACCGAUGGAGCUGAGCCUUGUUUUAUGGCCGGUAUCCUUCCAUCGGGUCGCAUGGCCAUGGUGAUUGUUUAUGUGGACGACCUUGCAAUUGCCUGUGAACAUGAGGAUGACUUCAAGCUCAUUAUGAGUUGUCUGCAGAAGAAACUGAAAGUUAAGCACACAGGGACGAUUGAGCGUGAAGGUGGGCAAGUGACCUUUCUUGGUCGUGAGAUUGUCAGGCUUCCUGGUGAAUCUGCACUUUACGUGCACCUUCCUGAUGGGUACCUGGACAAGACCUUUGAGAUGUGGGGCCUCAAGGCAUAUACAAAAUUCAGGUCGACAUUAGGCAAGAUCGCCUGGAUGAGUCAGACGCGGCAAGACCUCAAACAUUUUGUGGCUUUGCUUGGAACUGUCCAAGCCUCACCGACGCAAGCCAGUGAAAAGGCAUUGCGUGCGCUACUUCGCUUCCUGGUGACAGAUGAUAAUGUUUCUCUUCGUUUGCCGUCUGAGCAUGGUCUUGGAAGCGAGGACUUCUGUGAAGUGGUGGCCUAUACGGAUGCAUCACAUGCACCAUCGACCAGAAAUCGCCGAGGAGUCAGUGGAGGUGUUCUGACUUAUUUGGAAGGAGUUGUCAAAACUUACUUCAGACACCAGACUUCGAUCAGCUUGAGCAGUUGUGAAAGUGAAUUACAAGCGAUACAGAUGGUGGUUCAAGAAGCUGUCGUUCUUUCCAGAUUGCUCACUAGGAUCAUGCGAGCACUUGGUUUUCUGAAAGAAGGUGAAUUCGCUGUGGCCCGGAUUUAUUCGGACAGUGAGAGUGCUUUGAAGCUUUUGAAGACCUUAGACCUUCCACGCAGAUCCAGACACAUCGAUAUAAAGAUUGAAUGGCUCCGGGAGCUGGCUGGAAAUGGCUUCAUAUCCUUACAUCAUCUUCGUGGAGACCUUUUAGUGGCUGACUUGUUGACGAAGUGCUUGCAGACUAGCCGGUAUCUGGAACUGAGACAAGCAAUGGGUUUCGUCCAGAAGCCCCUGACAACAGCUCUUCUCUCCCUGAUGCGUCCAAAGACCAAGUUUGUUGGAGGUGGCUUCGCUCUUUUAGAGGUAUGCUGCGAUGAAAAUUCUCAACUUCGAGCAGUCUGUCAAGCUUGGGGAAUUCCCUAUCGUGGGAUCACCUAUGGAGUGGAAAUGAGAUCUGUGUAUGAAAGAACCCGUGACUGGGUUGCAACCUUGAAGGUGGGUCUGCACGUGCAUCUUUCAACAUUGUGCUCCAGCGGAUCACCUUUGAGAAGGUUUGUGACUCCAGGACAAGCCUCAGAACUUGAUGCAACUUGGGAUGAACACAUCUCAGGGUGUGUGACUUGUGUGGUUUUCGUAGCCAGUCCCGGGCGCCGGUUGCCAUGUCGGCGAACUCCAAGUCCGCUGGCUCUACAGGCCGCCGUGCCGCGGCCGCCUGAGCGUGAAGCUCGGGAGGCCCGUGAGGCUCGUGAACUGAGGGCGCAGGCCCGUGCAGGACUGAAGGAGGAGAUCCACCUCCAGGCCAAACAACUGGAGGUGGAGUUCGGAAUGGACUCCUUUAGUGAAGGAGAGGAGUCGGAUGCCAGCAUCCAGCUGAUCAGUGAUGGCUGGUCACCAGUGCACAUCCGCAAGGACUUGCCGCUCCCUGCGGGAAUCCGCUCGUGGGGCCAAUGGUGCAACACUAUGAUCAGCCUCCCAAAGUACCAGAAGAUGGGCUGGUCAUUUGGGGACAUCGCCAACAGAGGGCGAAGUGAGAAGGAGGUACGGAAGUACCUGUUAUGGAUCGAGAAGACCUACGGGACAAAUCAGGCGCAGGAAACAGAACUGGUCAACGGCCAGCUCAGGCUGGUGCACCAGGUUCGCAACCAGGCGACUGAUUUGGCUCUGUUCCUCCUUGCCAUGGACUUCCAAGGGGAACUGGAGUCAGCUGACCUCUCUGAGGGUGCGGGAUACGUUCGCACCUUCAAGCAAGGGGCAUAG